AUGAACUUAACACAGUCCAGCUCAACUCACUCAGCAAUAACAACAACAUCAACAGAAAUUAUCACUAUCGACGUAACACUGGUAACAUUGAGCAAGACACAAUCACAAUUUGAUUAUGAAGGUGGCAACUGUACCCACGUGAAUGGUAAAUACAUAGACUCUGGUAUCAAUCUAUGGGUAUUCGAUCCGUACAACCCCGUAUGUCAACGCGAUCUCUCUAUAGGGAUGCAAGUGGUUGUCAUUGUAAAAGAACCAUCAAUGCAAGAUGCUCUUGUUCCAUCAUUUCAAUCUCUUGGUUCUCUAUUGUUUCAAGAAGCUCAAAAGCAUCAAAAAUAUGAUGAUCCAUCAAACAUUGGAGAGGUCAAAGUUGAAGGUUAUUUUACAUCAUACAAUGGCCCAGUCAAUGGAUCGGUGGUCAUAGAGUACAACGAGUCUGGCCGAGAAAUAAAGAGGAUGGACAUGAACGAUCCCAAUGGUGAUUCUGUGAGGGAGGAGUUGGCAAGGAUUACAAAAGAAUUAAAAGAACAAGAGGCAAUGCAAUCACUUUAA